AAUUUCUCUGUGGGGCUGCAGCUGGAGACAGUGGAGCGUUUGAAAUGACGCUCGGAGCUUUAAUUACCGCAGCCGCCGGACAAGUGUGAGGAAAGCUGACAGGAAAAAGAAGGACACGAUCCGGGGAGAAGCAAGACGCUCCCCCCGCCCCCUUCCCUCCCGAAUUGAACUGGAGGUGCGCGGAAACUGAAAAAGGAGCCGAACAUAGCCCGGCUUGAAGGGAGAGGCCGGAAACCUACCGCCUCUUUGCAAUCAACUUUUUUUGGAAACCUUUUCCCCCCUUCCUUUUUAUUGUUGGCCAACCAGUGAGAGAGCGAGAGAGAAAGUGAGGAGGGAGCGAGAAAGCAAAGGCUCACAGGGGGAAAUAGCUGCACAGUCCGGCCCGGAGCACCAGGCGCACACACUCGAGCACACUCCCACAGGCGCACACACGCGCGCAUACUCAUCUCCUCCUCCGGUCCCCAGCCCUGGACCCGCGGGCGCGGACUCGAUCGUCAGCCCCGGGAGCCGGAGCCCCGCGCCCGCCCCCCUCCCGCUCCCACGCGCGCGGGUUGGGGGAAUCUCCACUGCGUGCCCGAAAGGGGCUAUGCCAUUUGGACAUGUAAUUGUCAGCACGGGAUCUGAGACUUCCAAAAAAUGAAGCUGGCGACAGGACUGUGGGUCUGCGUGAGCCUUCUCGUGGCGACGGGGACCGUCCAGCCAAGCGCUUCUCAGUCAGUGUGUGCAGGAACAGAGAAUAAACUGAGCUCUCUCUCUGACCUGGAACAGCAGUACCGAGCCUUGCGCAAAUACUAUGAAAACUGUGAGGUCGUCAUGGGCAACCUGGAGAUCACUAGCAUCGAGCACAACCGGGACCUCUCCUUCCUACGGUCUAUUCGAGAAGUCACAGGCUACGUGCUAGUGGCUCUUAAUCAGUUUCGCUACCUGCCUCUGGAGAAUUUACGUAUUAUUCGUGGGACAAAACUUUAUGAGGAUCGGUAUGCCCUGGCAAUAUUUUUAAACUACAGAAAAGAUGGCAACUUUGGUCUUCAAGAACUUGGAUUGAAGAAUUUGACAGAAAUUCUGAAUGGCGGAGUCUAUGUAGAUCAGAACAAAUUCCUUUGUUAUGCAGACACCAUUCAUUGGCAAGAUAUUGUCCGGAAUCCAUGGCCUUCCAACAUGACUCUGGUGUCCACAAACGGCAGCUCAGGAUGUGGACGUUGCCAUAAGUCGUGUACUGGCCGAUGCUGGGGACCCACAGAAAAUCAUUGCCAAACUUUGACCAGGACAGUAUGUGCAGAACAAUGUGAUGGCAGGUGCUAUGGACCCUACGUCAGUGACUGCUGUCACCGAGAAUGUGCUGGAGGCUGCUCAGGACCUAAGGACACAGACUGCUUUGCCUGCAUGAAUUUCAAUGACAGUGGAGCAUGUGUAACUCAAUGUCCCCAAACUUUUGUCUACAAUCCAACCACCUUUCAACUGGAGCACAAUUUCAAUGCAAAAUACACCUAUGGAGCAUUCUGUGUCAAGAAGUGCCCACACAACUUUGUGGUAGAUUCCAGUUCUUGUGUGCGUGCCUGCCCAAGUUCCAAGAUGGAAGUAGAAGAAAAUGGGAUUAAGAUGUGUAAACCUUGCACUGAUAUCUGCCCAAAAGCUUGUGAUGGCAUUGGCACAGGGUCACUGAUGUCCGCUCAGACUGUGGAUUCAAGUAAUAUUGACAAAUUCAUAAACUGCACUAAGAUCAAUGGGAAUUUGAUCUUCCUUGUCACCGGUAUUCAUGGAGACCCUUACAAUGCAAUUGAAGCCAUAGACCCAGAGAAAUUGAAUAUCUUUCGGACAGUCAGAGAGAUAACAGGUUUCUUGAACAUACAGUCAUGGCCCCCAAACAUGACCGACUUUAGUGUUUUUUCCAACUUAGUGACCAUUGGUGGAAGAGUGCUCUAUAGUGGCCUCUCCUUGCUUAUCCUCAAGCAACAGGGCAUCACCUCUCUUCAGUUUCAGUCCCUGAAGGAAAUUAGCGCAGGAAACAUCUAUAUUACCGACAACAGCAACCUGUGUUAUUAUCAUACCAUUAAUUGGACUACGCUCUUCAGCACGAUCAACCAAAGAAUAGUGAUUCGGGACAAUAGGAAAGCUGAAAACUGUACUGCUGAAGGAAUGGUAUGUAAUCAUCUGUGUUCAAAUGAUGGCUGUUGGGGACCUGGACCUGACCAGUGCCUGUCAUGCCGCCGCUUCAGUCGGGGAAAGAUCUGUAUAGAGUCAUGUAACCUCUAUGAUGGUGAAUUCCGGGAGUUUGAGAAUGGCUCCAUCUGUGUGGAAUGUGAUCCCCAGUGUGAGAAGAUGGAAGAUGGCCUCCUCACAUGUCAUGGACCGGGACCUGACAACUGUACAAAGUGCUCUCAUUUUAAGGAUGGCCCGAAUUGUGUGGAAAAGUGUCCAGAUGGCUUACAGGGAGCAAACAGUUUCAUUUUCAAGUAUGCGGAUCAGGAUCGGGAGUGUCACCCAUGCCAUCCGAACUGCACCCAAGGGUGUAACGGUCCCACUAGUCAUGACUGCAUUUACUACCCAUGGACGGGCCAUUCCACCUUACCACAACAUGCUAGAACUCCCCUGAUUGCAGCUGGUGUCAUUGGUGGUCUCUUCAUCGUGGUCAUCCUGGGUCUGACAUUUGCAGUGUAUGUUAGAAGGAAGAGCAUCAAAAAGAAAAGAGCCUUGAGAAGGUUUCUGGAAACAGAGUUGGUAGAACCCUUAACGCCCAGUGGCACAGCACCCAAUCAAGCUCAACUUCGGAUUUUGAAAGAAACCGAGCUGAAGCGGGUAAAAGUCCUUGGCUCAGGUGCCUUUGGAACAGUUUAUAAAGGUAUCUGGGUACCUGAAGGAGAAACAGUGAAGAUUCCCGUGGCCAUUAAGAUUCUCAAUGAGACAACCGGUCCUAAAGCCAAUGUGGAAUUCAUGGAUGAAGCUCUGAUUAUGGCAAGUAUGGACCAUCCACACCUAGUCCGGUUAUUGGGUGUAUGUCUAAGCCCCACUAUCCAGCUGGUGACCCAGCUCAUGCCCCAUGGCUGUCUGUUGGAUUACGUCCAUGAACACAAGGAUAACAUUGGAUCACAGCUGUUGCUUAACUGGUGUGUCCAGAUAGCUAAGGGAAUGAUGUACCUGGAAGAAAGACGACUUGUUCAUCGGGAUUUGGCAGCCCGUAAUGUCUUGGUGAAAUCUCCAAACCAUGUGAAAAUCACAGAUUUUGGACUAGCCAGACUUUUGGAAGGAGAUGAAAAAGAGUAUAAUGCUGAUGGAGGAAAGAUGCCUAUUAAGUGGAUGGCUCUGGAGUGUAUACAUUACAGGAAAUUCACCCAUCAGAGUGACGUCUGGAGCUAUGGAGUUACUAUAUGGGAACUGAUGACUUUUGGAGGAAAACCUUAUGAUGGAAUUCCAACCCGAGAAAUUCCUGAUUUAUUAGAAAAAGGAGAACGUUUGCCUCAGCCUCCUAUCUGCACUAUUGACGUUUACAUGGUCAUGGUAAAAUGUUGGAUGAUUGAUGCUGAUAGUAGACCUAAAUUUAAGGAACUAGCUGCUGAAUUUUCAAGGAUGGCUCGAGACCCUCAAAGAUACUUAGUUAUUCAGGGUGAUGAUCGUAUGAAGCUUCCCAGUCCAAAUGACAGCAAGUUCUUUCAGAAUCUCUUGGAUGAAGAAGAUUUAGAGGAUAUGAUGGAUGCUGAGGAGUACCUAGUCCCCCAGGCUUUCAACAUCCCACCUCCGAUCUAUACUUCCAGAGCGAGAAUUGACUCCAAUAGGAGCGAAAUUGGACACAGCCCUCCUCCUGCCUACACCCCCAUGUCAGGAAACCAGUUCGUAUACCGAGAUGGGGGCUUUGCUGCAGAACAAGGAGUGUCCAUGCCCUAUAGAGCCACAACCAGCACAAUCCCAGAAGCUCCAGUUGCUCAGGGUGCUACAGCUGAGAUGUUUGAUGACUCCUGCUGCAACGGUACCCUACGUAAACCAGUGGCACCUCAUGUCCAAGAGGAUAGCAGCACCCAGAGGUACAGCGCUGACCCCACCGUGUUUGCCCCAGAACGGAGCCCACGAGGAGAGCUGGAUGAAGAGGGUUACAUGACUCCUAUGCGGGACAAACCUAAACAAGAAUACCUGAAUCCAGUGGAGGAAAACCCUUUUGUUUCUCGGAGAAAAAAUGGAGACCUUCAAGCUUUGGAUAAUCCUGAAUAUCACAAUGCUUCCAAUGGUCCACCCAAGGCGGAGGAUGAGUAUGUGAAUGAGCCACUAUACCUCAAUGCCUUUGCCAACACCUUGGGGAAUGCUGAGUACCUAAAGAACAAUGUACUCUCUGUGCCAGAGAAGGCCAAGAAAGCUUUUGACAACCCUGACUACUGGAACCACAGUCUGCCACCUCGGAGCACCCUUCAACACCCAGACUACCUGCAGGAGUACAGCACAAAAUAUUUUUAUAAGCAGAAUGGACGGAUCCGGCCUAUUGUGGCAGAGAAUCCUGAAUACCUCUCUGAGUUCUCACUAAAGCCAGGCACUGUGCUGCCUCCUCCACCCUACAGACACCGGAAUACUGUGGUGUAAGCUCAGCUGUGGUUUUAAGAUAGUGAGACAGGCCUGCUCCAAUUUCCCCACCUCCUCUCUUUCUCUGGUGGUCUUCCUUCUAACUCCAAGGCCAGUAGUUCUGACACUUCCCAGUGGAAGAUGUAGAGAUGCAAUGAUAGUUAUGUGCUUAUCUAACUUGAAUAUUGGGAGGAAGGACUGAAAGAGAAAGAUAGGAGGAACCAACCACACUGUUUCUUUAUUUCUCUGCAUGGUUUGGUCAGGAGAAUGGAACAGCUAGAGAAAGGCCAGAAUAUA